UCUUGGCUCUAGUAUUAACUUGAUGCCACAUUCUUUUGCUGUGAGACUUAGGAUGACAGAUUUCAAGCCAACUAUGAUCUCUCUUAUAUUAGUUGAUCGAUCUAGAAGGAUUCUUGAAGGUGUCUUAGAAGAUGUUUCGAUUAAGAUUGGAGAAUGCAUGAUUCCCAAUGACUUUGUGGUGCUGGAAUAUGACAAAGAGCCUAGUGAUCCUCUCAUCUUAGAACGCUCAUUCUUGGCUACAGUUGGUGCCAUCAUUGAUGUUAAGCAGGGAAACAUAGCUCUGAAUAUAGAUGAUUUGGUUAUGAACUUUGAGAUGGACAAGCUGAGAAGGGUUCCCACUAUUGAUGGUCAGACAUUUUCUGUGAAAAUUGCUUCUGAUGAUGAUCUACUCAUAGAACUUCAUGAAGACAUUACUGCUGGGUAUGUCAAAGAGUUGGAGACUGUUGAGAAAGUGAGUAAGCAAGCUGUUAAGCUUGAAGAUUGGAGUGGAGAUCAUCUAAUCAGUACUAGAGACCAUGAUGAGGUUCUGAUCCAUGACAAGUCGCUGGUAGAUGAUGUUUUUGUAAUGGAAACACGGAUUGCUGAGGAAAGCUGCAGAACCGUUGAAGAAACACGAGUUGCAGGCCAAGCAUCGAUCGAUGCAGCUGUUGCAUUGAUCGACACACCUUCCAGAAUCGGCUCAAACUUGUCCAAAACCAAAGAUUCUCGAAUUGAUUCCUUAGCAGCAAGUCCUAGACCAGUUGUAAAGCUGAAAUCUCACCUUUCCACAGUUCAAAAGCCACAGGUAAGGCCAAGGACAUAAAAGAAAGCCACCCAUACCUAAGUCACGCCCUGGUCCUGUUCCUCAUGUCCAUUGUAGACCUCUUUCAUCUACUGCCUACACACCACCUUGGAUGAUGAGACAUUCCUCUCGGAAGCAUUCACUGCCAUGUUCUGAUCCACCGGAUACCUGAGAUCCGACACAGUCAAGCUAAUGACUGAA